AUGUCCAGCUUUGAGCGUAUGAGCAAAGCCGCCCCGUCUGGUGGCUACAUCUGCACGCUGUCCGAGGAAGACCUCGCCUCGCAGAGAGGUGUGAUCUGGGACCUCGUCAAGUCCUUUGGCAAGAAUCUCGUCGCCGCCAAGGAACUCACAAGCAUUUCGAUGCCCGUGCGUCUCUUUGAGCCUCGUUCCUAUCUCGAGCGUCUCACCGACGGCUGUGCGCUCUACAAAGGUGGCCUGGUACCUCUGGUGCAAGCCGGCGUUGUCGGGUCUCUGCUGGGCGACCUGCUCUUGCUGCCGGGCCUCUCUAUGAUCGCGGGCGGGCUCAAGUACCACGAGCAGCGGUUCAGCUCUCGAGCGGCCGGCGUGUCCUCCGUUCUGCUCAUCGUGUCGAUCAUCGGCGUGUUCGGCCCCACCAUGUAUUGGCAGGUGAACGGAGACACCACGUUCUCAUGCGACGUGUGCGUCCCCAAGGACAACAGUACGAUACCGCUCGCGUGCACCCAAUGCCACACGAGUCCCGUCGACUUCUACAAGGACCCCCUCUUCCAAAACACCGCCCAGCCUCUGAUUUACGCGGUGGCUGCCAUUCUGCCGGUGAGCUACCUUGUCGGGCUGCUCUUCACGCUCAAGACACAUGCGCACAUCUUCAGCAACGCGGCGGCGGGCGAGGGCGAGGGCGGCGACGACGGCCACGACGCGCCGCGCUGGUCCAAGCUGAAGGCCGUCAUCAUCCUCGCGGUCUCGAUCGUGCUCUUCUCCCUCGUGGCUGAGGAGCUGGUCAAGGCCAUCGAGCCCACCCUGGAGGCCCUCAACAUCGGACAGACCUUCGCCGGCGUCACCGUCCUCGCGCUCGUGCCCUCAUCAGCCGAGCUCACCGGCGACACCGGCACCAACGAGCGCGCCAAGAACGAGCGCAAAGAUCUCCAAUGGGGUGCUGAGAUCGUCGAGGCCGUCAACGAUGCCAUCACCGACAAGAAGAUCAUCGUCACCAUGGACCCGGUCCACGUGGACGCGCGUUACAGCGUGAAGGUGGGCAAGAGCAUCGAGGUCCUCAUCCAACAGGAGAAGAUCUGUUACGAGUAUGCGGCCUCGGACCCGAACAGCGUCACCGCCACCGUCGAGAAGUCCCUCUAG